AUGCCUUCCUCGUGCAAGGAGAUCAGGGCAGCGCUGGCGCAGUGCCUGCAAGAGUCCGAGUGCGUCAUGGUGCAGCGCCACAGUGCGGCCGACUGCCUGCGGCCGCCGCUGGUCGACGAGCUGCCGCUCAAGUGCCAGCAGCUCAAGAAGGGCUUCGCCGAGUGCCGCCGGGGCAUGAUCGACAUGCGCAAGCGCUUCCGCGGCAACCAGCCCGUCACCUACAAGUCCCUCGAGCAGAGCGAGUCCGGCACGGGCUACCAGCUGUACGCGGGGCGGUCGGCCUUUGCGGGCGGCGUCAAGCCCACGAGCGGCACGGAGAAGGAGGAGCCCGACUGGCGCGAGGUCGAGAACCAGAAGUACCGGGAGCAGCAGCAGCUGGAGAAGAAGGCGUGA